AUGAACGGCCAAACCUUUUCCGGUUCGUCCAAAGACAGUGGACUGAGCACGUCGUCAUCCUCAACAUCCUCGGUCCGAGGACCACGUGCUCAUCAGCUGCGAGGACAUCGGAAUUUGAGGUCAUCGGCCGGUAGCUAUGGUAGUGGGCGGUUUUGGUCGUUGCGGGCCAAUGAGUACGACAUGGAGAAGGUGGUGAUUCAGAUGGAGAAGGGACAUCGGGUAGGUGGAUUUCUGGGGUGUUGUAGUAGAUAUUACGAAAUUUAAAAAAAUUUUUUUUUGAAAUUUUAAAUUUUUUUUAAAAAUUAAAAAAUUAUAUUGUAGUAGGUUAUAGAUACUCAUGUUACAAAAAAAACGUUUUUUGAUGCCCGAAAUUGUCGAAUACACCUAUUUUUAGGUAUGCAAGCUCUUGUUAUUGAAAAAAUGGGACCCCUCGUACAAAAAGCUGGCUUUUAAUCGAGAGACACGUCAAAUAGUACUGACCAAGUACGACGACAAGAACACCAAAUGCUGUGGAACACAAAAACCUCAAGUACUGGACAUUAUGUUGAUCAAGGAUGUGCAAACAUUGGGGUACAAGAUCAACAAAAUGAAGAUUCAGGACAAAUGGAAAAAAGAUCGAGAGCUACAGAGGUUCCAACCUGAUUGGAUUCUGGUUAUCAGUUACGGCAGUGGAUUCGUUUUGAAUCAUUGGCUGUUGCUAUGUAAGUAUGAGGUGUUAUCAUUUAAAAAUUGUCGUUUUUAAUGAAAAAUCAAUUAGACAUGGCCAUUUUUGGUCAAAAUGUUGAAAAAUUUAAGCCUAACUUGCUAAAAAGAAAAAUUUCAGUUGACAGCGCUGAAGCCUGCAAACAAUGGUGCCAAGGGCUACAACACUUGAGGAUAGAAUGGGCCGAAGCUUCUCACUUCUUGGUAAUGGAACGAUGGCUUCGAAAACAGUUUUAUAGCAUCGUAAAUUUGAAUACUAAUACGUAGGUUUUUGUAUUAUACUCUAUUCCUACUUUUACCUUACCCCUACUUCUUCCUUACCCCACCUCUAGCGGCUACCCCUACUUCCACCCCAACCAAAAAUUAUAUUAUUGUAGAAUAACCAUCCGGCACAUGAAACCAUUUGUACAAACAACAUUACAAUCCAAAGUCCAAUCGAAACAGCUACAAGAAAUCACGGAAGGCGAGAUGGGAUUCGAAGCCUUCGUUAUCGCUCACAAUCGGCUUCAGAAUCUGGAUUUCUUAUUCCAGAAGUUCUUCCAACAUUUGGCUGAUGAAAACCAAAAAGUCACGGUACAAAGCUUCUGUAAUUUCCUUCAGGAGUGUCAAAACGUGAGUUUGUAAAGGGAGAAAAACUUGACUUAAAGGGAGGGGAAGUGUUGACACAAUUGAGCUUUUUAGACAUGAGCAACUAGACAUGAGAAACGGGCCGGGCCCAAUUUUCAGGCCCGACCCGCGGGCCCGGCCCGAUCGAAAUUUUGCUCAGGGCCGGCCCGGCCCGAUGGUAGGCCCGGCCCGGGCCUAAAUUUUUUUUUACGUGGAAACGGGCCGGGCCCGGCUCAUUUUUCAGGCCCGGCCCGAUCGGAAUUUUGCUCAAGGCCGGCCCGGCCCGAUGGCAGGCCCGGGCCGGCCCGGCCCGUUUUUGAUUUUGGUCAGGCCCGGCCCGGCCCGUUUUAAAAAAUUUUAAAAAUUUUAAAACUUAAGAACUAAACGGAAAUUUGGCUUUAAAUUGUUUUUUUAGGUCAUUUAUGGAUCAUAGAAUCCAAUAAAAUCGAUAAACAUAAACGGGAAUUAAAAUAAAAAAUUAAAAAAAAUUUUUUUUUUGGGCCCGGGCCCAAUUUUCAAGCCCGGCCCGCAGCCGGGCCUAGAUUUCAGGCCCGGCCCGUCUUCGAUUUUGCUCAGGCCCGGCCCGUUGCUCAUGUCUAGCUUUUCGGCCAAUUUGUUGAUGGAAACGGCCUUUGAAUGAGGUUUUUUGAUUGAUUUUGCAUUGGAAAUGAGGAUUUUAACUUAUUUUUAAGUAGAAAUAAGAUUUUUAUUUUAGUAAUAUUAUUUUUCAGGAUGAAAUCGGCUUCUCCAAGGACACAGCAGCCGAUUUCCUUCGCUCAUACCUACGCGAAGUUGAUCUACAUCGCGAUACUCCAGAUCCUUUCCUCAAUUCCGAAGAAUUUGUGGACUAUUUAUACUCUCGAGAGAACUCAAUGUUCGACCCGAUCAACCACAAUGUUGUACAUGAUAUGAAUCAACCAUUGACUAAUUAUUGGAUCGCUUCUUCACAUAACACGUGAGUCUUUGGGUAAUUCUAUGAUUUUGCUUUGGUUUUUAGGCUUAAAAUUGAAAUCUUGAGUUUUCUGGGCCGAAUAUUAUAAUACGAGGACUUGCUGUUGGAUUUUAAAAUUUUUUGGUCGGCCACUUGAGUUUUAUUCAAUGUGUAAUUAUGUUGUUGUAGGUAUCUAACUGGAGAUCAGUUAAAAAGUGAAAGUUCGUUGGAUGCCUAUGCCAGAGCAUUGCUGAUGGGUUGCAGAUGCGUGGAACGUAAGUUUUUUCAACAAAAAAGUUUUAAAAAAUCGUCAAAGUUUAAAAUUUAAUAAUUUUUGGCCGAAAUUUAAAAAAAAUCCGGGAACUUUUGGUUAAAUUCUAAAAAAGCUUAAUUAUCAACCAUUUUUUAGUCGAUUGUUGGGAUGGAACCAAGAAAAGUUCAGGCGAAUUCAAUGAAAUUGUCAUUUAUCAUGGGUACACGAUGACAAGUAAAUUGAACCUACGUGACGUACUGUUAACUAUCAAACACUACGCCUUUCAAACUUCUGAUUACCCAGUUAUUCUGUCGAUUGAGGACAACUGUUCUGUACCUGCUCAACGGUUAAUGGCUCAGGAAAUUAAGGUAACUUAAGUUUUUGGGUAACAAAUUAAAAAAUUUCUUUGAUUUUUUAAAUUUAGGUAACAAAAAGAAUAAAAAUUGAGUUUUUAAGCUAAAAUGAAUAAAAAAUCCAGGAAUAUUUGGCCGAAAUUAAAAAAAUUUUGAAUUUUCAGGAAAUCCUUGGUGAUCUUCUCCUAACCCAGCCAAUUAGCAAAGACGAGACCCGUCUACCUUCCCCAGCUGCCUUAAGACACAAGAUCAUCUUAAAACACAAAAAGCUGAUACUAGAAAACGACACCAAGAGCUUAUCACCAUCAUAUGAAGAAGACAUUGAGACGGAUUUACUCUCCAAAGACUGUAUGAAGCGUGGAGUACUGUCACUGUACGAUGAAUCAUCAAAAUCAUGGGAAAAGCACGUGUUCGUACUGUUCCCGGACCGUUUAUGUUACGUUAUCGACCAGUAUGUUGAAAAUGAGCAUCGUGGAGACUCAGUAAGUCAAGGUGGAGAUGAAGAAAGCCUCAAUGAAGAUAACAAUGAAGAGCCGAUGAGGACGGCCAAUGGCUUUGGUGUUGGGCCGGAGGAAAUGCACUUUACCGAGGAAUGGUUUCACGGUAAAGUCGGCCGAGACGAAGCCAAAGAGCGGCUUCUAGAGCACAAAGACCCUACCGGCAAUGUGGUAUAUUUGGUACGAGAGAGUGGUACCUUCAUUGGUGACUAUACUUUGUCGUUCAUUCAUGCUGGUAAAGUGCACCAUUGUCGUAUCAAGACCAAAAUGGUGGAUGGCGAAAAGAAGUACUUCUUUUUGGAGACGAAUAAGAAAGAUACGUUGUACGAACUGAUCAGUUAUUAUACUAAACAUACGUUGGAUACACCGGCGUUUAGGUCGUACUUGAGUAUUCCUUGUCCUCAGCCACAGCCUCAUCUUAAUCAGCCGUAGGUUUAAACUUCAGGACUAAUAGUGUUUUUGUUACCCCUUCCUCAAAACUUUUUACCCCCCCCCCUAAUUAUUUUAAAAAAUUGUCAUGAUUUAAAAAAAUUACCUAAAACAAUAUAAUUUUAGAUGGUUCUCCCCGACAGCCGACAAACAACGUGCUGAAAAGCUCCUGAACACCGUGCCAGAAGACGGUGCCUUCCUGAUCCGCUACAGUAGUACCGACCAGAGUGUGUUCGUACUGUCACUGAAGGUCGACGGUGAAUUUUGGCAUUAUCGACUGAAACGGGAUGGUCGUAUCUUUGUGGUGAAUCAAGUAAUUUUCGAAAACUUGAAUCAAGUGGUCGAUUACUUUUCGAAUCGCGAUUUUGUCCGCGGAAUUUGCCUGAAAUUCCCGGUAAACGAGCAGAAUGUUGGGGAAUACAUCAGUGAACUGCCGGCUCAGGUCGGGUGUUAUAUGGAGUUGAAGGAUUUGGAGCAGGAGGUGAGUUGUUAGCCGAAAAUUUUAAAAAUCUGCGAAAUUUCGUUUCAAAAUAUAUUUUUGUUACCUAUUUUAGUAUUAUCACUUUGGUUCCUAGGCUUAAUUUUAGUUUUAGGCUUAAUAUUAGCUUUUAAACUUAUUUUUAUUACUUUAACCCUCUAAAACCCUAUAUUAUUGUAGAUUGAAGCAGUAGCGGUGAAAGACUUUGAAGGCAUUGGAAACGACGAUCUCAGUUUUCAAGUUGGCAGCCGGUUGUCAAUUAUUCGAAAAGAACCCGACUUAUGGAAGGGUCGGCUAGAUAAUCGAGUAGGCUGGUUCCCUCCAGACUGUGUCAAAGAACUAGACACUGAACCAGGAGCCAAUGAGAUGAACUAUGUCACAAUCGACUUGGCUGGCGCAAUUAUCGACAAAAGCCCGGAAUCUCGACCGUUCUCCUUCAAAGUCAGCCAAUCGGCGUCGCAUUGGAAGUCGAAGGAGGUGGUGGUAGCGGCCGAUGACAAAGAUGACAUGGAUGAUUGGAUCAGUUCCAUCAACAGCAUGACAAAGUCCGUCAACGAAAAGGUCACGCUAAUUCGGUCGAAAGAGAAACAAGUCCGAAUCGCUAGCGAGCUAUCGGCUCUGGUCGUGUAUUGCCAAGCCGUACCAUUCAAUCCAGACUUCACGUUGGAGGAUCCACGUCACAGCUUUUUUGAAAUGUGCUCGUUUAGUGAAAAUAAGCAUGAAAAACUGUUGGAAAAAGGCCUGCCAUUGUUUAACGCACGACAAUUAUCCCGCGUAUAUCCUCAAGCAUCACGGUUAACAUCAACCAACUUCAACCCAGUACCAAUGUGGUCCUCGGGAUGUCAUAUGGUCGCGUUGAACUAUCAAACUGGUGAUAGAGCCAUGAACUUGAAUGAGGGAAAGUUCGCGGCCAAUGGUAGAUGUGGUUACGUGUUAAAACCGUCGUAUCUUCAGGACGAAACUUUCCGACCGGAUUUAAGGAAUGAUACGGAAAGAGAAGGGACUUAUCCGGUUACUGUAAAGUUUACUGUAAUAUCUGGACGUCAUUUGAGCCGAAAAGAUCAUAACAAAGGUAUUUGUUCUCCUUUUGUUCAAAUUGAAGUUACUGGCCUACCGACUGACAGCAGGAUGGUCUGUACUAAUACUAUCAGUAAGUUUUUGGGCUUUUUGGUACAAGGGCAUUUAAAAAUAAAAAAAUAAUUUCAAAAUUUAAACUUUAAAAAUUUUUUUUAAAUUUCAAAUUUCAGCCUCAAACGGCCUCAAUCCAUUCUGGAACGAAACUUUCGAAUUCGAUGUGUACCGUCCAGAACUAGCACUAGUACGCUUCCUAGUCGAAGACGGUGACUUCGUCGGCCCGAAAACCGACCCCUUCAUUGGCCAAGCCGUCUUCCCACUGGACUGUCUACGACCCGGCUUCAGAUCCGUACCAUUGUUAAACCAAUACAGUGAACCACUCGAGAUCUCCUCACUUUUGGUACUCGUCGAAAUACGACCUCUGUUUGGUACCGACAAAGAUUGGAUCAACCGCUCCCAACUUCACAGCUACCUACAACAAGCCAGAAGCUGUGUGGAAAUCAUGUCGGAUGGUCGAAUGAACCUACCGAAGAAGAAUAGUUUAACGUCUAGUCUAACCACCCAAUCCAGUCCAUCGGUCAAGAGGAAUAGUCAGAGUUCGAUUGAGAAUGUGAAUGGAAGUACGACAACGUUAACAUCAACAAGGUCGGCCGUGCCACGGCUCUCGUUUGACGUUGGCUAUGGGGAUUCGAUCAGUGUGACAACUCAGGACAGUGAUAGAGGCAGAGAGAGUGCUAGUUCACCGAUUGGGUCGCCUAUUUCCCCAAGGUUGGGCAAUUUGCGGAAUGGGGACAGUCGAAGUGCUAGUGUGGAUUCUGAUGAGUAGGUUUUUAAUUAUUUUUUUUAAUUCACAAAUUUAAAAUUUAUAGCUAUUUCAGAAGACGUUCUACAAAUUUCUAACAUCGCCAUGUCGUAUUUUACAAAAAAAUAUUUUUAAAAUUUUCAGAAGCUCCCAUUCGUCCAAGAAGCCCGGUGCCCUAAAGCGUUUGUUCCGAUUCGGCCGAUAA